AUGCAAUUCGAAAUGAAGGAUGGAAUUGAUACUCCUGCAUUGAAUGUGCUCAAGAAGAGUAUGGAAGAGGCUUUAGGGAAGGAUAGGGGUGUGCCUCCUGGAAUACAGAGGGUCCGAGAGGCGAUGACUUUGUUGGGGUAUUCCUCCGAAUCGGUGACCUGUGAUUAUAUAGUCGACGGCGUGGUAAAAGCAGAUAUUGCUCUACCACAAUACAUGACCGCUAUCGUCGUCGAACCCGAGGCACUAUUCAAUGUUCACUCUAAGCGUUAUCAGAAGACGGGAUGGACUGUCCUUAGAGCCAAGGCGUUACAACAGAAGGGAUGGCAGGUGAUGGGACCAGUGGUACCCGAAUCAUUCCGUGCCGAAGAUGCUUCAGUGGACUCUAAACAGCCAGGCAGUCUGGUGCAGUUCCUCAACGAACAGCUUAACGAUGUACCAUACGAUGCAGUAGUGACCAUUGAUGGAGAGCAGGAUCGAGAGGAAUUGUCCAAGUCGGUGGGCAAUAUGAACCUUGGUGCUGGGAUUGGCACCAAGCUUAUGCCUGGCGGUCAAAGAAUGAAGAGUUUAAUCGUAACGAAUUGUAAAAUGCCUCUGGUGGCUAAGAUCCUCCUUACCACCUUACGGUUGGGGACGACAGUGGAUACCAUAACUCUGCGGAAUCUCGGCCUCACUGACAAUAUGACUGAUGUACUCUCUGAGUUCAUAAUGACGUGA